CUGUUUUAGUGAAAGCGUCUGCAUAUUGUGAAGAAUUUAUAAAUUUUUACAUUGAGAUACAAAAAUCAUAUCAGUAUACUGACAAAGAUCUCUUCAGAAUUUCUAACUGUAAAAAGAAACAAUACAAUUUGAGUCGAUGUUCAAUGGAAGAUGACAUAGCUGUAAUGUGAAGAAUUAAAUCAACAUCUGAAGAAUUACUAAUGUAGUUACAGAUUUAUUUUUUAAUAACAUACCAUAUGAAGAUGAUUCCUACCUGGUUACCUUUUAUGUUGGAACUUUCCUUAUCAUUGCCUUGUGUUUUCACGACAGAGAUCUUAAACACAAGAGCAAAACAAGAUUAUCUUAUGACUCAUAACAGAAUCAAAAGAGGUUGGAUGUGGAACCAAUUUCUUGUUCUAGAGGAACAAGAAUUAAAAGAACCUUUGUAUAUUGGACAGCUCAGAUCGGAUAUUGAUAUCCACGAUGGGACGUUUAAGUAUUUAUUAUCAGGAGAAGGAGCAAAUACAGUUUUUACUAUAGAUGAAAAAACUGGUGCAAUUUAUCUUCUUCAAAAACUUGAUCGAGAAGAAAAGUCCUCAUACAAGCUCAGAGCUCAGGUCAUCAAUGGAUUCACUGGUGUCCCUAUUGAAACAGAAUCUGAAUUUAUUAUUAAAAUUCAGGAUAUAAAUGACAAUGAACCGAAAUUCAUCAAGGAACCAUAUAUGACCACUAUUCCUGAAAUGUCUCCUGAAGGAACAUUUGUCAUGCAAGUGACAGCUACAGAUAAGGAUGACCCCAGUUAUGGAAAUAGUGCCAGAUUGAUAUACAGCAUUCUACAGGGACAGCCACACUUUUCUAUUGAACCAAAAUCAGGUAUAAUUCGUGUUUCUUCCCAAAUGGACAGAGAAGCUAAAGAUCAAUAUUUUGUCACAAUUCAAGCCAAAGACAUGGUUGGUAAUGAUGGGGGCCUAUCAACCACAACAACUGUGACAAUCACCUUGUCUGAUGUUAAUGACAAUCCACCAAAAUUUCAGCAAAAAAUAUAUGACAUGUCAAUCAUAGAAACAGCUGUGGUUGGAGAAAUUGUAGGAACUAUUAUUGCUGAUGAUCGUGACAUUGGAAAAAAUGCAGAAAUGAUCUACGUUCUUGAUGAAAAGGGUGACUUCUCUAUGUUUGAAAUAAUUACUGACGACAUAACCCAAGAAGGUAUUAUUACUUUAAGGAAGGUUAUUGAUUAUGAAACUAAGAGAAGAUACAACAUCCGAGUAAGAGCUAUUAACAAAUACAUAGAUGAACGAUUUAUAAAGAAAGAACUGUCUCAAGAUUAUACCACCAUAAGGAUUAAUGUCGAAGAUGUUGAUGAACCUCCAGUAUUUUCCCAACAUGAAUAUUAUAUGGAAGUCCUUGAAAAUGCUUCUGUUGGUUCUUAUGUUGAUUCUGUGGCUGCAAAAGAUCCUGAUAUUACUCAUAAUCCCAUCAGGUAUGGCAUUUUACAAAAGUAUUCCAGAUUUUUUGACAUUGAUGCUCACAAUGGAUCAAUCACUGUUAUUAAACCUCUUGAUAGAGAGACAACUAAGUGGCAUAAUAUAACAAUUGCUGCAACAGAAACAAAAACUCAGGUAUCCAAAAUACCAGUGUACAUCCAUGUCAUCGAUGUCAAUGACCAUUCUCCUGAAUUCUCAAGAAAAUAUGACAUAUAUGUUUGUGAAGGUUCAAAGCCAAGACAGCCUAUACAAACUGUAAGUGCAGUUGAUAAAGAUGAUCCAGCAUUUGGCCAUUAUUUUUCCUAUUUUUCAUUUCCUGAAGCAACAAAUGAUGCAAAUUUUACUGUCAGAGACAAUCGAGAUAAUACUGCUACAAUUUUAACAGGACGAAAGGGAUUUAACUAUGAAGACAAUCCAUUAUUUUACUUGACAGUUAUAAUAAGUGACAAUGGGACUCCAUCGCUUAGUAGCACUAACACACUGACCAUCAGUGUGUGUGACUGUGGUGUAAAUGGCAAUACAGAAUCAUGUAAAUCCCAAGGAUUUUUAUCAUCUCUUGGACUCAAUGGAGGUGCCUUGAUUGCAAUUUCAAUUGGAGCAUUUUUACUUUUAGUGUUAUCUAUCUUAAUUCUCGUAAAACAGAGAAACAAAAAACAUGAUGCAUUGUUAGAGAAAGGAGAAGACUUCAUGCAGAACUUUGUCAAGUAUGAUGAUGAAGGAGGAGGAGAAGAGGACACAGAAUCAUUUGAUAUUAUAGGACUUAGAAACCGAGCAGUGAUGCGAGAACCUAAGUGCAACAGGAAGAUCAAGAGAGAUAUUCCUAGUCUUUACAGAAUGUCUUUAAGACUUGGUCCAGAUGUAGAUAUAUUUAGAGAAUUCCUUGUUGAAAAAUUAGAAGAGACAAAUACAGAUGUUAAUGCUCUUCCACUUGACACUCUUCACAUCUAUGCAUUUGAAGGGACAGGUUCAAUGUCUGGAUCACUCAGUUCUAUCGAUUCAAUCUGCUCAGAUACUGAACCAUGUUAUAAAAUGCAAGAAAUCAAUAAGUAAAUAUCGGUAAUUUUAUAAUGGCACACAAUAAGUCAAAAGUCAGGGACCACCCAAUUAUUCAUUAGACAUUGCAAGAUGGUUAAUGUUAAUAAAUUCAUGAUGGUAGCCUAGGGGCAGGAAAACCUAUGCAAUAGGUUUAUCCACUGCAUUGCAUUUUUUUUACAUCAUUCAAUAAUGAAGUGGUCUAUAUAUAAAUAUAUUUUUAUUUACAUAUUAAAAGUAUUUUGACAACCAAAUUACAGUUUUAAUUAUAAUAAAUAAAAACAUUAUGAGGAAAAUAGUGAUAUAAUGUUUGAUGAAGAAUUAUAUAUUAAUGGGUCUUACCCCAGUUUUGGUUUAUGGCAAUACUCACAAGUCAACUGGCAGUUUCAUUUUUUACCAUAAUAAUGCAUUAAAAAAUAACUCAGAAUAAAUGUUAAAAAAAAAGAUUGCUACAUAAAUUUGUGCACAAGGUAUUAUAUACUUCUAUGCUAUCCAUUUUUUUCUGAAAUAUGUGCUAUAAAACCAUGCAAAUUAAACACCACCUACAAGCCUAUGAUGUUGAUAUGCUUCAUGGACUCACUCACAUGGUUCACAAAGGUACUAUUUGCUUGUGAGUUAAUUUCUUAGGUUAUUGCACCAUUUUUUUGCCUAUUGCCUAUUAGAUAUUUAUUAAUCACACAUUAUCCCUGUAAAAAUGAAUGAGUUCAAGUUGGAACUACAGUUUUAUGAGUUAAAGUCUUUUGCCAGAUUUGUCAACAGAGAAACUACAGUUGUUCGCUCAAUCAACAUUUUUUUUUGACAAUCUUUAUUUCUGUUUAUUUUGUUUGAUAAAACAAAAUUUCACAGUAUAGCGUUGAACAUAUAACAAGAAUGUAAACAGCAAGGAUGGCCGGUAUGUGACCUUUAGUGAAAAUUACUCAUGCCCGAAGUUGGAAUGCUAUUAGUCAACAGGCAUCUGCUUCAUGUGCUAAGGAGAAGUGCAGGUAGUGAAUAACUACAUAUGGAACCAGGGAUUUGAUAAUCAAGAGAUGGUGGGUGAUCAAUGCCUCCACUAGAGUUACAAUAGGGUAACAUGUCUAUACAUAGAGGCUGUUGGUUUCAAAGUCAGUGAGGCAUCAUCGUGAGUUGUCAUGGGAUGCGGGGGACAGUCGAGUGGUAACUGCCUACCCUCAUCUAUCUCUGUUCUCGUUGGUCGGGGGGAGGGAGGGGUGAGUUCGAGGUCGGUCGCCUGUCAUGGGCAGGCUGAGGGGGGCACUCAUCAGAGGCGAGAGAAGGGGAGAAGAACAGAAGCCAGGGGGUUUAUUCACAUGUGAGUGAGAGAGGAGAGGAAGGAAUAAAAAGUGCCUGAUCCAUUGCUGGCCGUGUACAUCAACCAUGGGGUCUAGGUUCCAGUGUAGGUAUCCAAGCGGCCAUGAAGGGCUGUGGUCAGCGAUUCUAUAAAGUAUAGCUCACUCACCCUGUCCACCCAUUGCUUCCAGAGUGUGGGUAUGAGGGAUUGUGCUGCCAUAAGCAGGUGUUUAGUCAUGGACUUCUUAUAUCUCAUAUCUGUGUGGUGUAGGAGCAUGGGUAGAGGUUGAAUAGGUAGGUCAGAGUCUGUGAUUUCUCUGAUCUUUGUGUUCACCAUUGUCCAAAAGGUGGUGAAAGCCAGGCACAUCCACCAUAUGUGGAACAUUGUUCUGCCCUCCGCUCUGUACCUCCAGCAGUUAUCUGGGGUAUCUGUGUUUCUGCGAUGCAGUAAGGCAGGUAUUCUGUACCAGUUAGAUAGUAGCUUAUAGCUUGUUUCUUGGUAUUUCGAGCUGAUUGAGCAUUUGUGUGUUAACAUGUAGAUUUUAUCCCAGUCUUGUUCAGUUAGAGUUUCUCUCGUCACGCUUUCCCACUUUCCCACUGGACCGUUGGAGUGGAUGCUUCUCCUCCCCUAGGAACAUGUUAUAUAGCAUAGAGAUGUCUUUAGUUGCAUGCUGGCGGAAUGUGCAAAGUGACUCGAAGUGGGUCAGAUACCUGUGUAGGAGACGUUUGUCAGGGCUCCUUGUGUAGUAAGUUCUGAUUUGGUGAUAGCGGUAUUUGUCCAGGCCUGUCGGAGUGGAGUCAGGGAACAUAGUGGCCAGUGGUUUGUGUUGAGCACUAGCACCAGAGGUGAAUAUACCUAAUAAAUAUUUAAGUACUUGUAAUUUUACCAUUUAUACUGAUUUGUUAACUCUUCAUGUGGGUAACCUCAUGUGUUUUUGAGAGUUGAUAUCUGAGGUGUUUUUAACAUUUGGGUUCUACUCUUGAAAAACUGUUUUAGUUAUUCUCUUGACUAGUUCAAUUAAUUAUUUAAUAGUAACAAAAAAAAACAGUGAAAGAAAUCUAUAAUCCCUAUAGUAUUCGUAGGAAAAAAGCCAGCGGUUACAGGCUAUAGACACUAGAAGA